AUUUCUACCAUGUGUCAAAAAGAGUAUGAUGGGUGACCUUACAGAUGACAUCAUGCAUGCAUAUUCGAUGACGCAAUAUCCAAGAUGCAAUUAUAUACUCUGAUGUAUGCCCCGCUUCUCCUCUCAAACCCACCCGCCAUUAUUCCCUCUGAAAUUCCCCACUGAUUCAGGAGGAGGAAGGUGACCGGAAUAUCCAUCCAUGGCUGCCUAUGCCACUCCAUCCGCGGCGGCGGCGGUGCCGCCUCUAAAUGUGCUUCGCCCAUUGACGGCUAAUCUCAUCAUCAACAGACUUCACAUGCUCCUCAACGGGAUCGCCAUAACAGCCAUCUUCUCCUACAGACUCGCCACAAUUUCCGGCAUCACAAAGGAGAAGAGGGAAACUCCCCGCCUUCUUCCCCACCUCGUCGUCCUCGUCUCCGAAGCCAUACUCACAUUUCUCUGGAUUCUUCACCAGGCUCCCCGGUGGCGGCCGGUCAAGCGCGCGGUGUUCCCGGAGCGGCUGCCGGAAGACGAGGGGCAGCUCCCCGCCGUGGACGUGUUCGUGUGCACGGCGGAUCCGAGCAAAGAGCCGCCGCUGGGAGUGAUGAACACUGUUCUCUCGGCCAUGUCGCUCGACUACCCUUCUCGGAAGCUCUCUGUUUAUGUUUCCGACGACGGAGGCUCUUCCGUGACGCUGAACGCCGUUCGUGAGGCGUGGAGAUUCUCGAGGUUUUGGGUUCCUUUCUGCCGGAAAUAUGAGGUGGAAGUCCGGUGCCCGGAGGGUUAUUUUUCCGAUCAUGGAAGCCUUGGUGGCAGUGAAGAUGAUGAUGAUGAUGAGUAUGUUGCAGAUAGGAAGAUCAUCAAGGAAAGGUACAGUGAGUUUAAGGAUGCUUUGUAUAAGAAUUCAGUGAAUGCAAGCAAAUCUGUUAGCAGAGAUCAUCCGCCUACCGUUGAGGUGAUGACAGAUGAAAAUGAGGAUUCGAGCGGGCUAAGAGAGAUGCCACUUCUUGUUUACGUUGCUCGGGAGAAAAGGCGAGGCCAUCCCCACCAUUUCAAAGGAGGGGCUGUCAAUGUUCUACUCCGAGUGUCUGCGGUAAUAAGCAAUGCUCCCUACUUUCUGGUGCUGGAUUGUGACAUGUACUGCAACGACCCUUCCUCUGCUCGCCAGGCUAUGUGUUUUUAUCUUGAUCCGAAAGUGUCUUCGCAAAUCGCUUGGGUUCAAUUCCCUCAGCAAUUUCACAAUGCCACCGAGCGCGAUCUCUAUGAUGGAAGGCUUAACCCAUAUUUGAGAGAAGGGCAAGGCUUUGAUGGGCUUAGAGGACCUGUCUUAUAUGGCUGCAAUUUUUUCAUGAAGAGAGAAGCAAUCCAUGGAGCCAAGAACAUUCGGAUGGGUGACGGUCUCAACGAGCUUAAGGAGCUGUUUGGAUCGAGCAAUGAGUUCAUUGAAGCAGCUAGGCACAAAAACUGUUACAAGCCAAAAUUGGCUGAAGACAGAAAGCCCUCUGGCGCAUUGCAGAAGGAGCUUCAAUUGUUGGCCUCUUCUACUUAUGACGCUGGCACGCAAUGGGGAAAACAGGUUGGGUUCCGAUAUGGCACUGUUGUGGAGGACGGUUUAACAAGCCUUCAAUUGCACUGCAACGGGUGGGUUUCCGUGGCAGUCGAUGACCCAGACAGAAGGCCAUGUUUCUUAGGCACUUCCACUACGAACCUGAACGAUAUGUUGGUUCAACAGAUGCGUUGGUCAUUUGGACUGAUGCAAAUUGGUCUGUCGAGGUUUACCCCUCUCAUCUACGGGCCACUGAGGAUGUCAGUCCUUCAAAGCAUGUGUUAUGGUGCCCUUGUGUUCAAAUCUCUCUACACUUUCCCCUUCUAUGGUUUAUCCAUAAUUCCUCCCAUCUGUCUCCUCUACGGCAUUCCUCUCUAUCCCAAUGUCUCAGACCCUUUUUUCUUCGCGUUUGCCUACGUUUUCGUCGCGUCGCAUCUCAAGCACGUGCAGGAGGUCUAUGCGUACGGAGACCGUUCGUUGGGGAAUGCAGUGUACGAGGUGAGGGUCUGGAUGAUGAAGUCUGGGACGGGCUACCUUUACGCGCUUGUGAACUCUGUCUUGGACAAAUUCGGCAUGCACGAAACGAAUUUCAAUGUGACGAACAAGGCAGGUGCUGAUGAUGAACAAGCGAUGCUCUAUGAGCGCGGCAUGUAUGACUUCCGAGCAUCGCCCGUGUUGCUUGUUCCACUGUGCAGCAUUUACAUUCUCAACCUGGCUUGCUCGGUUUUGGGAAUGUGGAGGAUGUUUCGCAACGGUGGGGCCGGAUCGUUGCUCGCCCAAGCGGCUCUCUCAUUCUAUGGGGUAGUUGUGAACUGCCAUUUGCUUGAAGGGAUGUUCUUGAGGAAGGACAGUGGCCGCAUCUCGGGAUAUGUCUCUCAGAUUGCUAUAAUGGCAUCUGGAGUCGUCUUCGGCUGUGGAUCGCUUCUUGUACAUUGCUGUUGAAAAAAAUGAUUUUUGCUCAAUGAGUGAUGAUCACCAAUGUGUUCUGGACAAUUUAUAUGUCUAUGUGAAAACUCUAAAGUCCCAUUCAAAAUGGAAGCUAAAGUUCUUUUUUUUUAAAAUAUGCAUAUGGAUGUGAAAACCUACUAGCAAACAUGGACCACUAGAGGAAAAAAAUAUACCAAAAGGCCCCUU